CCUUGUUUAUUGUCGUUCAUUCUUACCGUUCUCUGCCACUCUUUCUCUCUCAUAUUCGAAAACAUAAUAGGGUAAUAUGGAUGAGACUCCAAUGGACCCUAUAAAAGCUGGAGAGAGAGAAGCAUCGAAAUUUCUACGCAGAAGAAUAAAUGUUUAUUUUCGUUCUUAUUUAUUUUCUUAUCCUUGUGAUAUCUCAUUAGCGACUAGUGUUUUUGUGUCGUGAAAAUGUCGUAUUGUAUCUGUUCUGUGGAGAUAACGCUGUAGCAGGUCUUAUUCAUUGUGUUUGGAGGUAUCUAACCUCCAAGAUUCGACUCCUUUUCAUGUCAUAUAUCUCCUUUUACAACACUCACCACCGAUUCCCCAAAACAAACUCAUUUUUUCUUUUUCCUUUCUGCAAUGCCAGAAAAUUAAAAGCCUGUGUUGUUUUGUUGAUGUAUUGAGUAAAUUGUGUGUGUAAGCUUCUAUUGUUCUUUUCGGUCAAAUGGGGUUUUGUUUCUCCCAUGAAAAUUUAUUUUUGCUGUAAUAAACUGUGCUUGUCUCUGGCAUUUGAAGUAACCCUUUUUAUUUCCUCUGUUUCUGGUAGAUUAGGUUCUUAUAUGUUUGUUAGUUUUGUGAGUUCACGUAUUGUUGGUGACUGGGGAGUAGUUUCUUAUGCUUUUGACUUUAGGGUAGUGAAUGUUUCGGGUUGGGUUUGGUUUAGGAGGAAGAAUAUUUGUGUGGUGAGUUAAGGUUUAGAAAGAAGUGUUUUUUUAGGUUUUUUUUUUUUGUUUGUUAUUGGUAGAAGAGUUGAAGGUUAUAUCUCUAAUUCAUGGAAGGUUCUUCCGUAUGCUGUUUGGUGCUAAUUGUUGAAAGAAAAGGGGUGACUUGUGCUGUGGAGUUUGGGUAGUGGCUGUGGCUGGGAGGAUAGAAUGGAUUUAUGGGUUGUUGCAGCUGCUGCUGGAGCUGGCUAUUUGGCUAAAUAUUGGAACAGGGUUGCAAAACAUGGUGAUAGAUCCUGUCACGUGUCUUCCGAGGAUUCAUGUUUUGAGAAUCCUGUCACCUCAAGCAGCCCCUCUCCCUUUGCUAAACAAGCCCGAAGAGAUGAUUUGGCCGAGGAUGUCUGUUCUGAUGGAAGGAUUUCAGAUCUGUACACACAGGAUGGUAUUGUGACAAGAGAAGUGGCUUCUGCCAGAGGGUUUAACAGUGAAAAAAUGCAUCAGUUUUGGAAUUAUAGCAAGAACGAUGUUCUGUCUUUAGCAAACUUAGCAAUGCCCUUAUCACCAUAUGAUGAUAACUUAAAGGCUGUUGAUGAUUCAAAUGGCCAAAGUACUGGCAUUGGCGGUGAUCAUGGAUUCCUUAUUCCAGAUUCUUCUGCUGAAGUGGUUCCUGUCAACAACUCUUCUGGACACAAAACCCUUCUCAGGAUGAAGCUUUUGUCUGGGCGUGUGACUAGACCUUUAAGUUCCCUAGAAAGUUGCUUUAUGGCUCAGCUAUACAAGGAGCAUGCUGAAACCGAAGAAUAUGUUUUUGGUUCUCUUGCAUCGCAGUCCACUGCCACGAGAUCAUUUCUUGUAAGCAAUGGAAGCCAAAUAAUCAACAGAGAAAAGGAUAGUCUGUUUAGUACUUCCUUUGAAAGCAAGGAAUAUAAGCUACAAAAAGCUAGUCGUAGAAUAAAGGAUGAAAACGUAUUUGGGGUUCCUUCCUUACCAAAAUUCAGACCUGUAAAUGAGGCUAAGGAGAAAUUUUAUGAAGUCAUUGGGAGAAGUCGAAGAUUGAGCUCUUCUGACAGUGUGUCCAGUGAAACUCUUGUCCAUACUCAGCAAUAUGAUAAAACAUUUCUCUUCAGUCUUGGGAUUUCUUUUGGGAUGAUGACUUCCAUUAUGGCAAAUAAAAGAGAAAUAGGCAAGUUAAGAGAGUUGUUGAAGCAGACUGAAAACCUGGUUCAAGAUCUACAAGAGGAACUUGAAAUGAAAGAUUCAAUGACUGUGAAGGAGUUACAGAAUGAAAAUUAUGGUUUGCAGGAUACUUGUGAUAAUUCCUCUUAUGAUAAGGAGCUAAAUGAAUUUUCCCCUGAAAAGCAUGUAGAUAACUCACCAAGAAUUGACUCCAAAGAAUCAUGUCAUGAAAAGGUAGAACAAAGUUCAGAAUCCAUGAGCAAAAUUGAAGCUGAGCUUGAAGCUGAACUUGAGAGAUUGGGAUUGGACAUGAAUGCAUCAAGCCUAGAAAGAAAAUUAUCUGAACUUGUUGAGAUUGAUUCAGAGUUUGUAGCAGAUUUUUCCCAGGGUGAGCUACGAGCUGACAUGGUCAGUGGUAAAGAUUCUAUCCCUCCAAAAUCGACCGACGAUGCCGGGGAUCCAACACCUCUCCCAGCUAACUAUGCAGUCUUGCCUCAUGAACUGAGUUUGCGUUUGCAUGAAGUUCUACAAUCUCAACUUGAGCAAAGAGUGCAGGAGCUUGAGAUUGCCCUUGAAAAUAGUGAGAGGAAAGUGAGGCAUUUGGAAUCAAAGCAAGAGGGUUAUUUUCAAAAGGCAUCUUCCUUUAGUAGAGAAAAUGAUGACUGUGACCUUAUGUCCCAGCCCUUAAUCCUCAACUUAUCAGGUGAAGCUCUAGAUGCAUACACUGAGGCUUAUGAAGAACUGAUAAAGAUAAAUGACUCCGAACAAAAUUCACCACAUGAUUGUGCUGACCACAAGGAAGGUUUGCAUUUACAUGACUUGCAUGUAUUAGGGGUUCAACAUGGUGGAGCAAAUGGUUCUAGAAUUUAUGAAUUAGCUGGUACUGAAGUUGAAAGUAAUGGUUUUGAUGAUGACGAGGUGGAACAGCAAUUGAUAAGGCAAAUUGUAGAAAGGACCAAGAAAGGUUCUCCUGUUUUUAAAAAUGCACAAAAGAUAUUGUGUUGUGUGGAUGAAGAUGAACAAUGAUAUCAAACAGUUUUAGACAUCUAGGAAUAGAAAAGAGUUAAUAUUUACUAAUACCCAAAAAGCUUCCCUUAUUUUCACCUCUUUUUCUCCAUCAUAUCUUGUGCAGCACCUUUACUUUUAAAUUCUUUUAAAUGAAAAAGAGAAAGGUCUAAGUCUUUCUAGAUAA